UUACCAUAUCAACUCUAAAUUAAUUUUGAAAAAAAAAAAUACUCUCCCCAAUACCUUUUUUCUCCACCACUUAUUGUGGUCAUUAUCCUUCUCCCAUCCUUUGUUCCCACUUUUCUCAUAUUUUUUCCUUUUUUCCCUUCCACUAUUGUGGAUAGUCUGAGAGUUGCCCCCUUAAGCUGAAAAAUGGCUGCGAAAUGGAACCAUACUGCUCUCUUGGUGAUUGACAUGCAGAAUGAUUUUAUCCUGGAUGAUUCGCCGACGAGAGUUGCCGCAGGGAAAGCUAUUGUGCCGAACGUACUCAAGGCAGUUGAAAUUGCUCGGCAGCGUGGCAUCCUUGUUGUUUGGGUGGUUCGAGAGCAUGACCCACUAGGUAGAGAUGUUGAAGUUUUUCGCCGGCAUUUGUACUCGAAAGAAAAAGUAGGCCCAAGCAGUAAGGGAAGUGCAGGUGCAGAACUGGUUGAUGGCCUUGUGAUGAAAGAAGGAGACUACAAGGUUGUCAAGACAAGGUUUAGUGCAUUCUUUGCCACGCAUCUUCAUUCGUUUCUGAAGACCGAGGGAAUCCAGGAUCUAGUGGUUAUAGGUGUUCAAACUCCAAAUUGCAUCAGGCAAACUGUAUUUGAUGCUGUUGCACUGGAUUAUCCAUCGGUUUCCGUCAUCUUAGAUGCUACAGCAGCUGCUACCCCUGAUAUACAUCAAGCUAAUGUUUUCGACAUGAAAAAUAUCGGAGUUGCUACUCCGACGUUGCAGGAGUGGUCUGAACUCUGCAAGCAAGCUUGAUCCACCUGAGAUUCAAACCAAAGUUCUAUUGCCGUCCUUUGUUGUAUAUGUAUCAGAAGCUAUGUGUCUUGUCUGGAUGACAUGUUUGGCUCUUUAAUAUGGACUUAUUAUGGAGGCUGCCUUAUUUUUCUUUUUCUUGGAAACCCAAUUGACUGCCAAAGGAAAUGACCAUCUUCUUUCUCUUUUGUCACCUCAGUUCUAAUGAUUUAGUUGACUUUUAUCAUACUUGUUAGUCAGCUCUACUUCCUCACAAUUUACAAGUUACAGCUCACAGGUAAUGUACACAGCCCAACUGCCCAAGUGUCUAAAGUGGGCUGCUUUGCCAAAGCCCAUAGUUAAGGCUGGGAGUUAGGUACCGGUAUUUGAGAUAUACCGAAUAUCGUAUUGAAAUUGUCUAUACCAUUGUAUUACUGAAUAUACGUAUUAUUUUUUG